UCUGCAGGGACGGGGAGGUGUCAGUUUGUGGUGGAAGAGAACAGACACAGACUCGGCUAGCGAUGCUCCAUCCUGCUCCUAUAGUUGUGAUUCAGAGAGACUGAUGGCGCCUCAGGUUAACCCCCUGACAAGUGCUGCCUUCAGCCUGCCUUCAAUAGGAUCUAGCAACUGGAACAUGGACCCUGCGACAACACAGACUCUCCCUGGCCUUCGUCCUCCUCACACUCUCCUAAUGUUAAACCAGACAGACAAUGCCAGUGCCUCAACACUAAAAGGCUACACAAGCCCAUUGACAAAUGACAGUAGUAGUAACACUAUCAGCAGAUCCGGUGGCACAGAGAAGUGCUUCCCGUGUUCAUUCUGUGGGAAAGCCUUCAGUUUCCCCAAACAGGUGGAGAUCCACCAGAGAAUGCACACGGGGGAGAAACCAUUCAGCUGCCACCUUUGCCAGGCUAGUUUCUCCCACUCCUCCAACCUGAAUAGGCACCAGAGGGUCCACACAGGGGUGAAACCCUUCAGCUGUACCCAGUGUCACAUGUGCUUCGCCCAGGCUGGUCACCUGAAGAGGCACCAGAGGGUCCACACAGGGGAGAAAUCCUACAGCUGCCCCCAGUGUGAAAAGAAGUUCUCCCGCCUGAACCAGCUGAAGAUGCACCUGAAGGUCCACAUGGGAUAGAGGCCUCCUACGCACUGCAGGAAGAGGUUCUCAGAGAAGAGCUACCUCAGGCUACACCAGCUGAAAAACCAUUCCACUCUAUAACAAAGAAAGUAACCACUCCACUCAUAGCUUCUGACUUUUCGAUCAAACUCUGCAUUAAAGACAACAAUUCAUUUUAAUUGUAGUCAGCAGGAAAGCUCCACAGAUGCAUUUGGAGUACCGAGAGUAACAUAUUUCAGUGUUGAUGCAAUAUUCUACCCAGAAAUAUUCAAGACAAUUCGUGACAUAUAAGGCAUUUAAGCAAUGCAAAAACGUUCCAUUAUAAAUCUCAAUCUGGUU